UUAUUAUUAAUUUCAGUUCUUUUCCAGAAUUUAUUGUUAAAUAAUUAUUAAAGUAAUUACAAAUUACUACGACGCAGUCCUUAGCAGUAGAGAAAUAAUCGCGAAGACAUCAUGAAUAACAGGACCUGGAUAGAAUGGCUUGGUUUGCCAUCGGGUGUCUCAUAUGAAGAGGUCGAAGAAAAACUUGGUGAGCCAUAUCCAAGUUUGGCAGAAUUUUGGAAAUGGGCUCUAAUUUUUGGCGCUACACUGUACAUUUUUAGAGAUUACAUCCUCAUCCCUUUCAUUCUAAAGCCCCUGGGCUUGAGAGCUGGCGUCAGGUCUCGGCCGUACGCUGCCCCACCGCCCAACAAAACUCUUGAAGAUUUGUAUGCUGUAAACCGAGCGCGACCGCCGCGCCAAAUGCUGACAGCGGCCGCGUCGCGCAACAACUGGUCGGAGCGAGCAGUCGAAAGAUGGCUUCGGCAGAGAGCUUUAUCUUCGCAAAUGACAACGCUGGAAAAGUUCUGUGACAUGGGUUGGCAAGUUUUCUUCUAUAGCUGCCAAUUCAUCGCUGGCUUGUUCAUAGUUUUACCACAAGACUAUGUUUGGGAUUCCUCUUUGCUCUUUGAAGACGUUCCGUAUCAACGAGUUCCAGUCAUAAUUUGGUGGUACUGCGCAUUUAACUGCGGAUUUUACAUCACCCAAACGUACACUCUGCUCACCCAAGAUCGACGUCACGAUUUUUUUAUAAUGGUAAUCCAUCACUUGGCAGUUUUCCUUAUAUAUUUCGUUAACGUGUCCAUGAACGGGAUGAACUUGCAAUCUUUAAGUGCUUUCAUCCACGAGACUGCCGACAUACCUCUAGCUUUGGGAAAAAUGCUUGAUUACUCGGGCAGAAAAGAAUUUAAUACGUUCUGCAUGGUGAUCUUUGCUGUGGUCUGGAUAAUAACUAGACUUGUGCUUUACCCAGUGAUGAUUAUUAAACCAAUUUUUGCAAAAUAUUUCACUUUAGGGUUCCGUAUUUGGCCGGGACUUUACUUGGGAUCGGCUUUAUCUCUUAUUUUGCUUUUCCUUCACUGCAUGUGGACCGUGGAGCUCGUCAAAGCAAUAAAAAUUAAAUUAUCUACAGAUAAAGUCGUUGCAGACGGUAGGUCAUCUGGAGAGGAACUCUCUGAAGAAGAAAAAGUUACUGAAAACUCAAAUUUUGACAUUAAAGUCCGAAAUAAGGUUCGUGGCUGGCUGGAUGAGGAUAAUGGGAGACAACGCAAAGUCAUUCCUUCCGUCUUCUGAGCGUACAAAUUUCCUAUUUAUAAGUAAAACUUUAAUAAUUAUGGCAUCUAAGUAAUUGUCAAAUGAAUUCAAUUUUUUCCCAGGUGUAUCAAAACAUGAAGAGAAAUUUGUUAUAAUCUAAACGUUCUUGUGUGCACAUUACCUGGCAUCGUUUGUGUAUAGUAUACAUUCUACUCCGUCAGGUGCCUUAUAUUUCAUGUAUUUAUUUUGGCCACUACCGAAGUCUCGAGCUGUCUACAUGUCAGGAGCUUUUGUUUCGGCCUCGUUUGGUGAAAUUGUUUUCGACUCGAGAUGCUUGAACCUUUACCACGGAUAUUUUUGAAAGAGCAACUUUAUGUACGCUCAAGUUUUAUUGGCCCCAAAUAUCUCAGUAGUUCAUUUCCUUACUUUAGUGCCGCUUCGGAGUCUAUGGCUAAAGUUGAAAGAAUUGUUCUCUAUAUACCUCCUAAAUGUAAACUUCAUGUAUUUCAGGUGAAUACUUUUAAAUCAGUUUUUUUCAUGUAUGAAGAUACACUCUUAUGUGAUAGUCCCUAGUUUGUCAAUAUAGUUGUGCGCUGUGCGCAUCUGCGUAUGUUGGUAUGACAUCUCGCAAUUUUUGUACUAGACUGGCGGAGCACAAAUUAAGGAAGGGAGUUUUAGAACAGGAAACCUGCUUGUGCAUUCCCUUCAUUCAGCAGUAC